AAAAAGUCGCGCAUCUGCAAGUUUGAGAACUGCACGCGAUACGUCGUGAACCGCGGACUUUGCAUUGGCCACGGAGGCGGCAAGCGAUGUGCAGUCCCGGGGUGCACGAGCAGUGCUAAAAAUUUGGGCGUUUGCUGGAAGCACGGCGGCUCGACCAAGUGCACUGUUGCCGGUUGUGAGAAUCGUGCCAAGUCGCGCGGUGUUUGUUGGUCUCACGGCGGAGGCCGCAAAUGCAGCGAAGAAAACUGCACCAAGACGGCGGUCUCCCACGGUCUCUGCUGGGCUCACGGAGGAGGCAAGCGGUGCGUUGUGGAAGGAUGCCGUAAGCCAGCUUACGAGCGCAACGGCAACGUGUGCUCUCUGCAUCAAGCCACCAACCCCGGUGCCUUGCAGAAGCCUGCCAAGCGAUGA